CAGAUGUGCAGCUGAUGAGGACUGGGAAGAAAACUCACUGAAAAGAGGCAGAUAACAGCAGGAGAGGGGAUCGGGGAUUCCCCUCGGAGAAGAGUCCCUGCACUUGGAGAUGGAAACAGGAGAUCCUCGCGCCGAUCAUGGAUCACAGACAGGUGCCAUGAGAAAGGAUGAGGUUGCACACAAAAGACCCAAGAGAAUGCAAACGGUUCAAGUCCAAUGUGGUCCCAGCAGGAGCGUUAAAAAUAGAAAAAAGAGAAGGGGACGUAACAGAAGAAAACAGAAUGUUACUGACUUCCAAGAAGAUGACAGUGUCAAAUCUCAGAACACUGAAAAUGACAAGAUGGAAGUCAUGGACACUAACACCAAUCCAAUACAGGAAAACACAACACCGGAAGGACAGCAUGAGGAUCACCAAGCUGAAACCAGUCAGCUCCAAAAAGAUGGAUCCAUGCAUAAUUUACAAACCAGUGGAGCACAACCCCACAAACAAGCUGAGAUGAUGCAAGCUCAGACUCAAACAAGGAAGGGUAAAGGCAGGAACAGGGGAACACAGACUCCAGUAGUUGUCCAGAGCACUAAGGAGACACAGACUGAAGCUGCUCACUUCACUCAGCCAAAACAAGAGGAACGCACUGAAAAGACUGAGCCAUCCCCAGGGGAACACUCUGCCAAAACUCAGCCAAUGCAAGAUGACCACGCUCUCAGUGCCAAGCCAAUGCAAAACUGCACUGCCACUGAGAUGCAGCCAAAGCAAGAUGACCACAUUCUUGAUACCCAGCUACAAGAUGACAACACUGUGAAGACUCAUUCAGAGCAAAGUGACCAGUCUGAUUCCUCUCCAUCCAAGUGUGAUAGUAAAGACAGUAAUGGUGCAUCAUCAGAUUCCCCCAUGGAGCAGGAGGCAAACCUCAAAAAAGAGCAAAAGAGCAAAGAGGUGCCGCCCUCUGGAGGAAUUUCAGAUGAUCCCAUAGAUAGCCAAGUACCUGACGAUGCGAAGCGCAAGUCUUACGCCAAAGCAGUGGCUGGAGAGGCGGACAGUGAGAAGUGCUCAAAUAUUCCAGCUUCCAAAAAAACAGCAGAUGAAGACAAGAAAACAUCCCCAAGCAAGAAGAAACGUGAUCAAACUCCAGUGAGACCUCCCUCUGGUGUUCCCAUGUUCACCAUUCACAUCUAUGCUGUGUUAGACAAAAAGUUUAGAUUCAACCAAGAGCAUGACAAGCUGGUGCUUUAUCAUGAAAAUGGAUAUUUACCCCUUAAAAUGACAAAUUUUUUUGGCCUUCAGCAGCAAGGCUAUUUGAUAGAAGCAAGCCUUUCCAUCGAGGAAAGAUCCAUAAACAGAGGACAGUUGUUUACCUACCAGUAUGGUGUACAGCAACGGCAGAAAGAGAUUGGGGAGCUUGCCACAAGAUGUUUUUGUUUCCCAUUUGACCCACAAUUGAAAGAGUUGCACCUUUAUGAAGGCUACAUUUGCCGUGAGGAGGCUGGUACCAGAGUGCAAGGUUGGAUUGAAACGGGCCUUACUAUGGUUGGCUUGAAAAAAUCAAAGGGAAUGCAGAUUGCGGAUGCCUGGCAAAUGUCAGCAAGAUUUCUGCUGAACAGAAUCUUCCAGAAUUGGUGCCCAUCCAACAAAGAGAGCAAUCAGACCUUGCAUCACAACCUGCAACAUUUUAUGGACUGUUUUAGUUCUGCUCACCAAAGGGUGGUAUACCCAGACAAUUCAACAACCCCCAUGGUCAAGGUACCAGAGCUGAUUUCAGAGCAUUUGAUCCGCAUGUUAAAUGGACAGCAAGAGGGAACAUCCUCAGGCAGCUGGAGAAGAACCAGCCCCCUUUUGCUGGGCUUGUCGAUUUUUCUGGUUACCAGAGAAUGCAAGAUCAAUCUUGGAGUUAAAGGCUGGGCUGACCUGUGCCGCCUGGUUUCCUCAGACACAGCAAUGGACAACAAAAACCUGGAGGAGUCGCGCAGUACCUUCCCAGAUUUACCUUUCACCGUGUUGGGUCUGAUAAACCACUGUGCACAGAUACUAGUAUCGGAGCUCGUCCUGCUCAUUCCUCUACUUCACAAACUCAGACAGCCAGGGGCAGAUGCAGGCAGAGUGGGUCCGACCGUUGAGGAAGUGAACUGGUCUGUACUGGAGAGGGUCCGUUUCAGCAACUUCAGAGAGAAUAUACGAUCCUGCUCUGACAAAAGACAGAUAAUGAUGACUUUGAUCAAGAAGCACUUAUCCAUGUGUAAAGCGAUGCCUUUGAUUUUGGUGAGCUGGCUGUCUCUGGUCGCAUUUGAGGACGUUCUCGAAUUCUCCAGCUUGACUACAAUACAUCCAGAAGACUUGAUCCAGUGUCUGUUGUACAGACUCCGAAAAUAUGAAGAACGAGUGGAUAACAACAGAACACAACAGAAUGUGGAGUGUACGCAAAACGUCCUGACCCAUAUUCUGAAGAGAAUAGAAAAAGAAAAAGAAAGAAUGAUUGAAUCUGGACAUAUCAAGGCUGCCUUCUUGAGCAGCAUCAGUGUGCUCAAGAGCACAUGUAGAAUGGUGCAACUUGUCCAGUGGUACCAGACUGCAGUACUGUCCUACCAGCUAGUGCUGAAGCUGGCAGAGCUUGUGGAUGCUGCACUUAAAAAAGAGCCUCAAGGUGAUGAGUUUAAGACCUUUGGGAAGCAGUUCUUUGAGGAGCUGCGUAAUGUGCAGCAGCAUGUCAGUGAGUGGAGAGAUGGACUGCUGCAGAAUCCUCUUCUCAUGCACUCCAACUCACUCAGCUAUCCACAAGAAAUCAAGAUGUGGGAUGCACUGCUGAAGGUGGAGUGCUCUGUUUUGGAUGUUUUGUCACCGUGGAGGUGCAGCCUGGAGAAGGACCUGAAGAAGAGGAUUUCCAAGGCUAAUGAUCUGGAUAAAGUGAUUGUGUGUUGCCUUGACUCAUCCAUGACAACUAUAAGGCAAAGCCAUGAUACUGUACAGACUUGUUUCCAUAAUUUGUGUCACUCUGCUAUCAAGAGCAUCUGCCAGGCGGGGGAAGAGGGGGAACUGAUGUGGCGUCUAACCCUAACCCUAACCUCUAAAGUAAAGGAACUUCCUGGCCCAAUCCUCUCCGCUAUUGUAGUGGAGUCAGCAGGAAGGUUUGAAGACAACCCUGUGGUUCAGUUGCUUCAUCCACAGUCUGCUAUGAACCACCUUCUUUCUUAUGCAGACUGGAAAGCAAUACAGGUGGAUGAUGCUGCGAGAGAGAUUAUUCAGCGCUCUCUGAGUACACUGGCAUCCCUGGUGGAGGCGCUGUUUCAAGGACGUGUAUCAAUGGGACACCUGCAGGCCACUCUGAAAUAUAAGCAGCAGUUUAAGAGACUUUACCACCAGUUAAGGAAAAAUAACAAGGGGGAGAUCCCUAUCAAUCCAGAACAUAUUCUGGCUCAGAGAGAGAAAGAGAUGAACGCUUUCUUGCUGCAAAGGCAGCACAUAGACACACUGAUAAAGAUGAUUGCAAAGGUUACAGAAAGCAUAACAGUUGCUGAGAUGUCCACUCUUGAGGAUCAUCACAGAGCAGAUCUUCAGUCUGUAAACCUGAACGAACUGGUGUUGGCUCAACCCUUUGAUGACCAGGGGAGGUUGAGGCAGACAGGUCCUUGCCAGGUCCUCUGGUAUAACACCAGUCCUGAUGUCCUGAAAAUGGCCAGUGAUAUGCACGCUUUGCAUCAGAGCAACCUGAUUCUCACCUCUUGGGUCAAGUUUGCUGCAAAUUUGUUCUCAGUGGGGCAUCCCUGCACAAUGCCUGUACCAGUAACCCUAACACAGAUCUAUAGCACACUGUGGGAACCAUUACUAAAAAGUUUCUGUCAACUUGGCCUCAGAAUUGCUAAUGCAGACAUAACUUUCAAAGAGCUUGACCAGGCUUUGGUGGACACAGGGGACCAGGGAGAUGGGGAACUAAUGAAGAAGGAGCUCAGUCUACUGUCUGAGAUGUUUUGUAACUGUGAUGGAAUAAGCCUUGAAAACAACUGGGUGGAGCUGAGACUUCAUCAAAUCCAGGAGUAUCGACAACUCCAAGAGGCAGCAGCUGCAGCCAGUGCAGUGUUGAGAAUUGCUCACAAAAUGCAACUUUCUGGGGACUUCAGUGAAAUCCACAGUCUCACCUUACUGGAAGAAGACACAUUUAAACAGAGGGCUCUGAAGUCCCUCACUGAUGACCUGUUCCUUGCCAAGCAGCAACUAUCCACAGUCACCAAGCAGCAUGUUGACUGUCUGGAGGAGUUUCUGACAAGUCAUACUCUGGUCAGCUGGGUCAAAGAGAACCUCAAAGAAAUGAGUGAUGUGAAAGUCUUUGUUGAUCUGGCCUCCAUAUCUGCUGGAGAGAACGACACAGAGAUAGACCAGGUGGCCUGCUUCCAUGAUGCAGUGAUGGGUUAUGGCCCCCUACUCUACUCUCUCCCCCCAACAGCUGGAUUUGAUGAGUUCAUGAAAUGUGCUAGGCUGGUGUGGGAUACCCAACGUAGAGAUCAGAAACUACCAGAUAAAUUGAGAGAUUCUACCCGUUUGCUGAGCUGGCUGAAGGGACUCAAGGAGACCCAUGGUUCUGUGGAGCAGUCUUCUCUCUCCCUGGCCUCUUCCAUCAAUGCCCAGGGGGUUUAUCACAUAGGAUGGUCUGAAGAAAACACAGAGAAGAGAUGCCUGCAAAGCCUCUUGCUUGUCAAAGUGAAAAGAGGCCAAGAAGAGAAGAGCUACACACUUGACGACCUGCUAGAGUUGCAGAACAAACUCAUGCUAAUGUCAUCCAAAGGAGAACAUGGCAGAGAACAAGUGAAUAGAUUCAUGCAGGUUUUUGAAAGAGUUCAGAGACUGGCCACUGUCUUCCUGCAAAUGCAAACAUCGGGCAACAUGCUUUUCAGAGAAUGGCAUGCUCAGGUUCGGUGCUGCCCAAAACAGCAGCCAUGCAUUCAAGUGACAUUCUUAUCCCUGGGGGGUAAAGAUAUAUUUUACUAUGGGGAGGUGACAGAGCAGCUACAGAAGUUGGAUCACUCAAUGGAUACCUGCCAUACGGAGUGGUGUUCCUUUAUCAAUGACAUGCGCUCCCACUUCAACGUGUUGAACCACUACACCUCAGAGCAGAUGGUGUACCUGUGCCACUGGGUACACAGCGUGUGUCGACGCCAGGCCUCAGUUCCUCAGCAGUUAUGGCAUUUACUUUUUCCCAUAAAACCUCAUUGCACCCUGGCUGAUAUCAGGAGUGCUUAUGCUAAUGCAAUAGGUAUGAUGUCAAAUUCAGAGUAUCAGUAUGAUGCAUUUGAAGGUGAGGAGCGUGAUUAUGAUGAUCAGGACUAUGAGCUCUCUACGGAUGCAAUAUUAGCUCGACCAACACAGGAUGAAGUGGACAUGGGGGACGUUGAAGAUUUAAUUCAGUUUUCCUCAGAGGAUGAAGACAGUGUUGUGGAAUUUGAUGAUGAUGGUGCUCAUUGCUCACCAGUGACCCAUGUUGAUGUCAUGGGGAAAGAUGCUGAGGAUCGCCUUGAAGAUCUCUGGAGGCGAUUCAAAGAUGACAUGCCACAGUACCUCAACCAGUACUUGGAUGUCUCAACUCUGGCCCACUUCCUCUCAUAUCUUUCUGAUAUGAACCAACAGCAUGUGAUGAGGAGGUUGCCACCUGCACUCCAGGAGGGAAAGCCCAACCUAGUUCUUUGUCCCACUGCGGAGGUUUUGACAACUGUCCUAUCAUUUUAUAUGGAAAGCCCAGAACAGCCUUUGCCAUCCACUGAUGAGGUGCUUGUCUGCAAAGAAAGGACCACUGAAGAGGAGGUAGAGAUCUUUCUAUGUCGAGCCCUGGCCAAAGGCUCCAAAAGAAACCAGAAGAGAAUCUAUUCUCUGAUCAAUCCAGGGCUGUUGGGCUACGAUGUCAGCGUGGCUGUUGGAGAGCUGUUUGAGAGGCUUGAGAAAAGUGCUAGCCUUGAUUAUCGUUUGGUGAUAGUCAGCCCAGUUGUGCAUCAGCACAGAUAUGUGCCCUCUUUCUUCAGCAACCACAAAGUACAGGCAGGAGUGAGCGUGACAGCAGAGACUUCAAGUAAAUAUCUACACCACCACUUUACUGUCCCAUCCUCACUGAUUUCUCCAGAGCAACUGUCAGUCUGGGUGGUGUCAUCUAAACGGCCUGCAGUUGGGAAAUCCCUUUAUAUUGACCGUUUGUUUGAGAAGUUCCAGCAGAAAUCACCCAGGGCAAAACAUAUUAGGAUCAGGUUGAUUGAGCCAAAGGUUGAUGUAGACUCCUUGAUUCAGAUUUUAUCAGAAAGUCUGGCACCUUUGAGAGAGCAGGAUCCUGUGAUUCUUCACAUUGACACAGCGGGAGUUCGCUCUGGUCUUGAGGAGCUCCUGUUUCAUCUGCUAGUUCUAGGCUGCUUGAGUGACAGCCAAGGAACUAUGUGGAGAAGAAAUGUAGCUCAUUUGAUCACUGUUGAGGUUCUGAGACCAUACACACCCCCACAGAACCAAAUGAAGAUGAAUGUUGGACUUCUUGACAUUCUGCCAGCUAUCCAUUGUAGAUCUCCAAAAGAGGUGAAACAGCUGCUGUUGGCUGAUCAAGGGAUGUUGACAAGGAAGACCUUAGACCCACUCAUGGAUGAGAAGGAAUUUUGCAGUGAGGGAAUUCAAAGGCCUUAUCAAUUCUUAAAGCUGUUCAACAGCAAUCAGAACCUGGAUCGAUUUAAGUACCAGGAAGGGUCUAAAGUAGGGGAUCCUAUCGAUUGUCUGACCCACUUCCUGUCAAACUGUGGAAUGCAAGAUCCAUCUUGGGCUGAGUUGAAGAACUUCUCUUGGUUCCUCAAUGUGCAGCUGAAAGACUGUGAGAACUCCAUUUUCUGUGAUCCAGAUUUUCUUGCUGACCAUCUUCCUGGUUUCAAGGGCUUUAUUGUGAAGUUCAUGAUUCUAAUGGCACGAGAUUUUGCCUCUCCAUCCAUGAACACAACUGAUGAAAGCCCCUUGUUGCACUGUGGUAACAGUCCAGUGGGUGACCUUCUAGCCUGUCUGACAAUUCGUAAGCAUUGGGAAAGUGAGUCCCACCCAUACAUUUUCUUUAAUGCAGACCGAUCCUCAAUGUCUUUUCUUGGCUUUUAUGUGAAGAGAGGUUUGAGGGGAGACAAACUCAAUGCAGUUGAUCUGCACAGUCAUAAGCUCCUGAUAAAUGAUGUGAUGACACAGAAACUUUUUGAGGGUUUGGAGCGUCAAAACAUCUCUCUCACUGAAGACUUUGAUCAGUUGCCCCGACCAGACAAAAUCAAGAGGAUUUCAUGUGUUGUAGGGGCCAAGAAAGGAAUAAUGAACAGGGAGUUUGAUCCAGACCCAACAUAUGAGCUCACUGCUGACAAUGUGAUGAAGAUGUUAGCCAUCCAUAUGAGAUUCCGAUGUGGAAUUCCAGUGGUCAUCAUGGGAGAGACUGGCUGUGGAAAGACUCGAUUGGUCCGUUUCCUUUGUGAUUUGCAGAAGGAGGAAAGACGGGUAGAGAAUAUGAUACUUGUCAAAGUGCAUGGUGGAACUACAGCUGAGAUGAUCUACAGAAAGGUGAGGGAGGCAGAGAUAGUUGCUGAGAACAACUGCAGAAGACACAAACUUGACACAGUGUUAUUUUUUGAUGAAGCCAACACCACAGAGGCCAUUUUUGCUAUCAAAGAAAUCUUAUGUGAUCGAACAGUGAAAGGGGAACCUCUGAGAGCAGACAGCAGCUUGAAAAUAAUAGCUGCUUGCAAUCCUUACAGGAAACAUUCACCUGAAAUGGUGGAACGUUUGGAACGCGCAGGCUUAGGAUACAGAGUGAAAGCAGAGAAAACAGAUGAUCGCCUCGGCAACGUUCCGUUGAGGCAACUGGUCUACAGAGUUCAUCCUCUGCCUCCAAGCAUGGCUUCCUUGGUUUGGGAUUUUGGUCAGUUAAGUGAUUCAACUGAGCUUUCCUACAUCAAACAGAUAGUUCAGAAGAAAGUUGACAACUCUAAUUUGUCAAGGAAUUGCAAAGACAUUAUUUCAAAUGUGCUGGCAGCCUCCCAGAAAUACAUGCGGAGUCGAAAGAAUGAGUGCAGUUUUGUGAGCCUAAGAGAUGUUGAGAGGUCUAUGAAAGUGCUGGUUUGGUUUUACCAACAUAGUAGUGUCCUGUUUCCCAAUUGCGAUCAUCUCAGCGAGGCUGAGAAGACACUGAAGUGCUUGGCUCUUGCAGUGGGAGUCUGCUACUACCCUUCUCUGGUGUCAAAGGAAGAGUACCUCUCUGCAAUCUGUAGGUACUUUCCAGAGAUCCUCUGCUCAACAGAAGCACUGCAAAGAGAGAUUUCAUCUUGUCAAGAUUUCUUUUUGGAGAACAUAAAAAUAGGGGAGACUAUAGCCAAAAAUGUUGCUCUUAAAGAGAAUGUGUUUCUCAUGGUGGUUUGCAUUGAACUCAGGAUCCCCCUCUUUCUGGUUGGCAAGCCAGGCAGCUCAAAAUCACUUGCUAAGACAGUUGUUGCGGAUGCCAUGCAGGGCCAGAACUCCCACUGUGAACUGUUCAAGCAGCUCAAACAAGUUCAUAUGGUCUCCUUCCAAUGCAGUCCUCACUCAAGUCCUGAGGGCAUUAUAGGGACAUUUAGGAACUGUGCCCGUUUUCAGAAGGACAAAAACAUGGAUGAGUAUGUGUCAGUGGUGGUGCUUGAUGAGAUUGGUCUCGCAGAAGAUUCCCCGCAAAUGCCCUUGAAAACCCUUCAUCCUUUGCUGGAAGAUGGUUGCAUUGACAAUGACAAGCCAGAUCCCCACAUGAAGGUUGGAUUUGUUGGUAUAUCCAACUGGGCUCUUGACCCAGCAAAGAUGAACAGAGGAAUAUUUGUUUCCAGAUGGGAUCCCAGUGAGAAUGAACUGGUGGAAACUGCCAAAGGAAUUUGUGUAUCCUCCAACACAGUUUUUCUAAAAAUUAAACACCUCAUCCCACCUUUGGCUAAGGCCUUCUUGACGAUCUGCAAUGAGACAGCAAAGAAUCAGUUCUUUGGUCUCAGGGAUUAUUAUAGCCUGGUAAAAAUGCUUUUUGCCACCGUCAAAUCCUCACAACAAGAACCAGAUGACAGACAGCUGAUAGAGGCUAUCUUGCGUAACUUCAGUGGACAGCCAGAGGGCUUUGACCCUGUCAUAUUCUUCCAGGAAGUCUCUCAAAACCUCACAGAAAUUCCCCGGCCAAGCACCCUGCAAAUGGUUAAAAAGAAUCUUGACCAUGACAGCGGCCAGGAGAGCCGUUACCUCCUUUUGCUCACCACUAACAGUGCUGCUCUUCAUAUCCUUCAGCAACAAAUCUUUGCCAAAGGAGACCAUCCUCACCCUGAAAUUGUGUUCGGAUCAGGAUUCCCAAAGGACCAGGAAUAUGCCCAAAUAUGCAGGAAUGUGAACCGGGUGAAAACCUGCAUGGAAACUGGGCAUACUGUAAUCCUCCUCAACAUGCAGAAUCUUUAUGAAAGUCUGUAUGAUGCCUUGAACCAGUACUAUGUAUACCUCAGUGAACAGCAAUAUGUUGAUCUGGGUCUUGGCUCCCACAGAGUCAAAUGUCGUGUUCACAAGAAUUUCAGACUCGUGGUAGUGGAGGACCAGAAGAAGGUCUAUGAACACUUCCCAGUGCCCCUCAUCAAUAGGCUUGAAAAACACAGAGUCGAUAGGAGUACAGAUCUGACACCAUGGCAAUGCAGGGUUCUGGACAAACUGAAAGUGUGGGUGAAGGAAUUUUCUGGUGAGGCUUCAGAGGAUUUCAAACUGUGUGACAUAUUUGCCGGCUUCCACGGUGAUGCCUGUGCCAGUGCUCUGUUACAGGCACUAGAAAGAAGAGCAGAAAAAACAGGAGAUGCAGGUGCAGAAAGACAACACCAAGAGGAUGAAAAAGACAAGACACUUAUGGACAUAGAACCAAAGGAAACACUUGACUCAGCUUCUAACAGACACAAACAGGUAGUUGAUGAAGAGGAUGAUCAGUUGGAUGAUGCAAUGGAGACUGAGAAUGAUGGAAAAGGCCAAAAAAGCAUGUCAGUGGAAAUGCUUGAUGAUGUCUCUACAGAGAUUUGUAAUGAUGACACAGGAAUCCCAGAUAUGGAUAAAGACAAGGUGGAGACAGAAAACAAUUUUGUGCCUGCUCAUAAAAAUGAGGAAGAAGAGGUAUUUGAAUUAGCCAAAUGUUUCUUGUUGAACUGUGCCACCCCUGAUGCUGUGCUGAGGCUUAAGUAUUCAGACUUAGGAAACCAGGAAAAGGAGCGACUUCAAAGGGUGUAUUUCCAGGAUCAGCAUCAUCACUCACUCAGAGAUUUCUUGGAACAUCACCUGAAUGAGCAUCAGGGGUCCAGCAAGUUUCUUGAGGUGACCACAUUCUCCAGCUUGCUAACCAGAUCAGAUAUAAAGGUAGUUGCUCAGUCUCUGGGCCUACAUACAGACAAGAUUCUCCUGCUGUCCCUCCACCAGUUUGAUACUGAGGUCUCCUUCUACAGCAAGAUGAGGGGCUUCCUUCAAAAUACUGAUCCCUCCCUUCACAUUCUGUUAAUUCAGAUAGACCUAGAGGAAUCCCAGUGCAAUGAUGAGCUCAUAGCAUCAGCAAAAUACUGCACCAUGAAUUACCUGAUGUCACUGGAUGAUCACACAAGUUGUGCAGUUUUCAUUGCCAAGCUUUCCAGGAUCCAAAGUCGAUGUCAGUACAUUGGUUUCCAAGGAGGUGUCUGGCAUUCGGUGCAUAUUGAUGACCUCAGAGAUACGGAGGACAUGAGCCUGAACUUGUCGGUUUUCUGUGGAACUCUCAUUAGCAACCUACUCCGCCCUGCAAUGACAGAGCAAAUGGAAACAGAGAAGAGAAGAACAGACUCUGAAGCUGAUCCAAAUGUGGGUCCAGAGGCAGACAGAGCCCACCUUCACAGCCUAGCCUUGGUGAGGUCAUGCAUCCAAAAGGCUGUGAGUUUACUGAGGGACCCCAGUGGCUUGACACUGAGGAGCAUGCAACGGAUGCACAUACUUUUGACUUUACUGGGAACAGGUCAAGGACACAUAGGAGCUCGCUUCCAGGACGUGUUGCUGAGUAGACUGGCGGCUGCAUUAGCACAGAAAGAAGAGAGGAUGUGCUCUCCUGGGGAGUGGGUGAGCAGGGAAGCCAAGAAAUACCAGGCUCUACAGGAGGGGGGCACUCUAAGACAUACCCUCUGGCGCUGUCUUCAGUCCACUGUGACGCCGGUCUUGGCUGGCAUGGUGGAAGUUCUGGACAGGUAUUCCAAUCUGGAUCUGCUUUUUGGUGCCAGGCUCAGUCAAGGCCUCAUACGUCUUUGGCUGGACAUUCUGGCAGACACACAAAUUUUAGACCUGACACCUCCUCAGAGUUCAAGUAAUGUAGACCAGGAGGUACUGGUGCAACAUUUCUUCAAGUUUGAUGGUGAAGUACAACCUUGUGCUGCCCCAUUCAGCUGGCUCAUCAAAAUGCACCUCCAGAGCAUUUGGGAGGAAUCUGAAUUCAUUCCAGUGACAAAGGAAGACAGUACCGAAAGGACUCUCCAGUUUGUGAGCACCUUCAACAACAGCACGCUCGGCGGCUACUUACAGAAGCUGUCACAAGAGGAGCGACUGGAAUAUGGCCAACGCUACCUACAAGACUUCCUGCUACUUUCUUUGAAGAUCAAGUCAAAGGAUGAGCUUAGGGUGUUUACCAAUGCAGUGUUGGGAUGUGUGUCUGAGCUUCAGCAGUCCAUGGGUGCAACCCCUGACCUCUCUCCUGCUUGGGUCAUGGCUGCUUCCAAACUGUAUGCCUCCAGACUGGACACUCUCUGCCACAUACUGUUGCUCCAGCCCCAGCUAGCUACUGAUGUCUUGCAGCAGUGGUCAAAGACAAAGCCCACAGAAAUGGUUGAAGAUAUUUUAGCACUUGGUAUCUGCGUUGAAAGGACCAAGUUACUGACAGUGACAUCCCUGCAAGAGUGCGAGUCCUUUGUGCACAGAGUGGAAUUCCUGCAGCCAUGUCUAGAUAGAGCCUUCGGUCAGAAGUACAGUGUCCUCUGUAGCCCUGGCUGUCUGCAACAUUUGGUCUCCAUCAGGUCACUGUGGCAUGGGAUGCUGGUCAUAGCAGCUUUCAUCCAACAUGUCAUGUUUGAGGUUAAACAGAGAGACUCCAAAUUGAAAGAACUGGCUCUGAAACAUUGUAACCUUCUCCAAAAUAUGAUGCAGGACUCACCUGGCAUGAAGAGUGUGGACACAUUACAGAAGCUGAUUCGCAUUCUCAACUCUUACCAUGCUGAGUGUGUCAGCAGGGAACUGAGGUAUGGCAUCACCUGCCCAGUUUGCCUGUUAGAGCUCAGAGAGCCUUCGGUCCUGCCUUGUGAGCAUGUCUUCUGUUUGCCCUGUCUCCAGAGGUGCAUUCAGGCAGACAGACAUUCUUGCCCUAAAUGCAGGGCAGACUUGCCACCUGACUUCCAUCCAGCUGUCUCUCACACUGUCAAGACAGCACUCCAGCAGCAAGCAGAUAUUAGGAGUUGUUGUAACUCCUUCUUCCUGGAGGUGGUGUCCAGGUUCUGUCUGUCUGAGGGGGAGCGGCCAGAAGAGGGAGUGGUGGAGCUGCUCUUCUCUUUACUCAUCUCUGCUCAUGGAGAUGUAUACAGGACCAGAGAGCUAACUCCCUUCCUAGAGUGUGUGGACAACAGUCCUGUAGUGCGAUCUGUGCUGCCUAAACUCCUGCUGCAAUACAGUUUUGACCAGGCAAAGGCUCAUAUCCAAAACUACCUGAAGAACCUACAGGAGAAUGUCCUGGACAGAGAAGACUGCACUGAACUCUACCUGCUCUUUGUCAACUGUUUCCAGGACUGUCUGUUGUGCUCGGAGGUGAGGGAAGUGGAGCAGAGUCGGGAGCAGCAGAGGAGACUGCAGGCAGAGGUCCGUUUCUUGAGCAGGUUUGCCAGGAAACAGACACCAGACAGGCAAGAAGACCCAGCAGAGUUCCUGCUUAAUAUAGCCCGGCUACGGCUGUGUCUGGCUGCUGCUGCCCGCAUGCUGGAGACAAUCAUGGUCCAAGCAACUGACAGACACAGAGAAAUGGAGGCUGACCAGUAUCUGCAGCAAGUGAAGGCAGUGUGCGAGUACUGUGGUGAUGACUGGCACAGGGUGUACCUGCUGAGAGCUCUCCACAGACGGGCUGGCAGGGACUGCAUAAAUGGCCUGAUGAAUAGUCCUAACUGGAGCUGGGUCUUCCCUUCAGAGGUCCUUCGACUUCAGAGGAUGAUUCCAGCUGAGGAGGACCAGUUUCUGUGCUUGGGGCCGUCCUACAAGACCCUGAGGGAGGCUGUGGCCCUGGCUCUUCUGGAAAACAGUUCAGACUCUCUCAAGAUGGAACUUCAGAAGCUGAGAGGCUCUAAGGCCCAUGUGCUGCUUGCCCUGGCCGUGUUUCGACAAGUGACCUGCCGCUUUAAGUCACCUGACCUCAACAUGCACCUCUCUCCACAGGAGACUGGAAGACUGGAAGAUGUCCUGAAAAACAACACGUCAGCGGAAUUCAGGGAGUUCUGCACUGCGCUUGUAUCCAAUCAGAUAGGCGGACGGGGCUCCCCUCUCCACAUAAACCAGAAUCUUUCAGCUCAGAGAUGUGCUCUCUUGGAGCUGCUGGUCCAUAUGGACUCUGUCCUCCUCAAUGGAAAUGCUUUACUGGUUCCUCUCUACCAAAUUGCCUUCCAGCCUCAGAAUGUUACACACUCCUUCUUGCCAACCAUGCCAGACGACCACACCAGUGAAGCCAGACAGUGGUUGGGAGAGAGGAGAAUGCAGCUGUACUUCUGUGCCAAUGGCCAUCCAUGUUUUGUGGGAGAGUGUGGUAAACCGACAAUUAUAUCAAAUUGCCUAGACUGUGGAGUACCGGUUGGUGGGCAGAAUCAUUCCGCAGUCAGUGGAUUUACACGGGCACAAAACAGUGUCGGAGAUCAAACUCGGACGGGCCACAUUUUAGGAGAGGCUGGGCGCAGGUCUGAUGCCCCUGACAGACAAAUGACACCUGCCCAGUCCUGCAUCCUUCGACUGCUUACACACCUCGCCAUGCUGCAAGGCACUAUAAGCAAUGACCAAGGAGUUGGCGACAUGAUUCACCCCAGACCACCUGAUGUCCUGCACUUCGUGUGGAGGCACCUUGAAAGGGACAUGGAAGUACUGGGCCGAGUGCUGAAUCAGAACAUGGACGACACAGCAGUCACUGUUCAUUUGAUUCUCAACACCUGCGUAGAGUUUAGCACAGGUUUAGGCCACCCAAGACCUGACCUGUCCUCGAGACCUGGACGGGAACAGUGGGAGAAGCAAGUCUGUGAUUCUGCCAUCAACCCUGUGCUUAAGGAUCUGGGGAGGAAGCUGGCUGAAGCCCAGGAGAGAAUCAGUGCUGACGACAGGCUUACUGGAAGCCCCCUGAUGAAGCUCCUCCAUGGGGAUCCUGGACCAAUAUUGAGGCUUCAUUCUGAUUGCCCAACAAAUCAUUCCUCCUUCUGGACCUUACCUGAGUCAAUGACAGUGGAGCGCUUCUCUCAGCUGGUGGGGGAAGCACAGGGACGCAGCUUGUUGCCCCUGCUUACCCUGUUUCUGAAGAAGGUACAAUGUGUUAGACAGUUGCAUCACCUGCCUGAGCUGGCUGCAUUGCAGUCAGACCUUUUGAGGGUAUUUCCCCUGGCAUCAAACGCUGGAACCCAGAGCAUUGCACAGAUGUUACAGCAGAUACCAGCAGGAUACCAGAAGAACAUACUUACUGAGAGAGUGAUGAAAUUCAUCGAAGUGUGGAAUUGCCUCCGACUGGAGGUGGCCAACAAUUCAGCAGACUUGGGGGUGGACGUGAAGUUGUGUGAGAAAGAGGUGACAGCGGAGAGCACUGGGGAGUUCCUCACACCAUGUCGACAUGGACCUGGGUCAUGUCUAAGGACUCUUGUAGAUUUCCUGUCAGUGACUCACAACAGCUUAGUCAGAGAGGCCAGGAAACUGAACAACCAAGAAGAUAGUGAAUACAGUGUUCAACUGGAGAGCAUAUCAGACACCCAGCUAACCUUGUGCCAUCCAGAAAGGGAACUGCUACCCCUAGUGUUAGCUCACUGCCAUUACACCUUGAGGAAAGGUAAAGAGACAGACAGCAGCUACAAUCUGCCAGGGAUCCAAACCCAACUGGCCCGUCGCUUCCUGUCUGGGAAACCACUUAUUGAAGCGGACACUUCAAGAUACUUGAACAGACACCUACAGGAUUUCUCUGUGGUUCUAACAGAGGUCAGAGGCAAAAUUCAUCAGGAGCCGCUGAAGGGUUCCGUGAGUGUUGCCAUGCGGACAGUGCUGCGUUCAUACACUGACGUCUGUGAUGCCGUGUUUGUGGUGGAGAUUGGCCUGCGCUUCCUCGGCAAGACGGGUGGAGAUCCCAAAGGUCAACUUUUGUCCUACCUCACGGAUUCGCUGCAGAUGGGGGCACAGAUCUCCAGCUGUGUAGCCAAGGCUCUUGGAGAGAGUAGACUGGAACACAGCAUAUUCACCUGGCAGCUCCUUACCUGCUGGAAAUCUGAGCUCAUGCUGAGCCGACUGCAAGACCCAUUUCUGAAACUACCUUCAGAAUUCCAGCAGAAGCUGUCUCAAGAGGAGAGGAAAGGGCUGAAAAUGUUCCUUUCUGCCACCGACAUUGACACAUUCUCUCUGGAGCUGCAUGAAAUUCUCUUGCUGAAGACCAGCAGCUCAAUGCCAGACCAGGUCUACUCACCACACUGGGACAUCAGGUCCACUGUGGAGAACCAUUUGGAGCAAAAGAACCUUCCACCUCUGCCGUGCCUUGAUUCUUUACCGGAGGACAUCACACUGGACAAAGGAGCCGAUGUGUGGAGGACAGCUGUAGAGUUUAGAAAAGCAUAGAUUAAGUCUACUGAAAAACAAACGAUUUCUUAUGUUUUUUUUCUAUUAUUAUUAUUAUUGUUGUUGUUGUAAACCAUGCAGCUUAUUUUUAUUAUAAUUAUUACUGCCUAUAUUAGAAUAUUUGCAUAUCCAAGCCAUUUGACUGCAUUAAUAUUGUCUUUGUUUAAUCAGUGCAUUCCAUAUGAUAAGAUGAGACUGUUUUAAUUUAAUGACAUAAUGUUAAUAUGAAUAAUAAAAUGUCAUGAAAAGGGAAAGAAGA